CACAAUAUAAAUGGACUUUAAUUUGUAAACCAUCUUAGACUGCCCCUUAACAAUAUAACUUUCUGAAUAAUAAAUAAUUGUAUAAUAAUCUCAUAUUUUUAUAGCCAUUUAAAAUUAUUGUUAAAUGUUAAAACCAAGAACUAGCAUUAUAUGUAAAAAUUAAACAUAUUUCAGACCUAUUAAAGGCCGGUAACAAAAAAAGAUGGAUUUUUAUUUGAUUUUAUGAAUGAAAGAAAUCUUAAGAAUUUAGCGAAUGAUAUUCAGGAUUUUAAGAUUUAGUUAAAAGAAGAGUGUGAAAGAUAGGGAUCAGAAGAUAAUAAUAUUGAAGAUAGAUAUGAUGCUACUUGUAAAUUAUUCUUGGGCACUUAAUAUUUAAAAAUAUCAAAUAAUAAAAGAAAAUAAGAUAAUUAUACAAAUUUCAAAUUAAAAACAUAAUUAUUAUAAAAUAGUGAACACAUAUAAAGUUAAAUUUUUUAAGCAAAUAACCAUCUACUUUAUCAAAGUGCAGUAGUUUCAAAACCUGAUUAAGAUGAUAUACCUUUAAAAGUAAUUAUUAUUAAUAAACAUUUUAGCAGCUUUAAAUCUAUGAAAAUAAAUCCUAGAAAACCCUAGUUUGUGGUAUUUAUGAAGACGAAAGUUAAUCUUAAGUCGUAGCUUUUAUCAAAUCAUUUAAAGAUUAAAAUGUUGAUUUAGUAAUACUUUGUAAUGGAAUUGAUUCUUUAGAGAUAAAACUUAAAGAAUGUCUUUUUAUGAAUAAUGAUAAAUCUACCAAAAUAAAAGAGGAAAUAAAAAAGAAUUAAUUUUCAGUUGAUAAUGCUUUAGUAUUAUAAUAUUAAAAGAAUCAAGAUAACCUUCCUAGAGUAAUGUUUAUUAUUAAGUACUUUAAAUCCUCAAAUUAUGAUCUAUAAAGAUGGAUUUAUAAGGGAAUUGGUAAAUAUUUUGAUCCUGAUUAUUUUUAUGUCACUCAGUGCUCUUUACUUUAAUAAAAGGAUUCAAUUACAACUUAAAUGAAUUCUAUAAUUAAAAGGAAUUUAUGCGGAAUAACAGGAAAUAUCUUACAUAAUUAAUUUUCUUCUUGGAAUCCAUUAAAUCAUAAUAAUGCAUUUUUAUUAGAAAAAACAAUAGAUGAACUUGAAAAUAUAUCAAAAAAUAAGUUAUUUUCAAUUAUGGAUCAUAAUCCUUUUUUCUGUUUUUAUAAUUGGCAAAAAGUAAAACAAUUUAUUGAUUCUUAUUUAUAAAAAAUUAUUAAGUCAGAGAGCGAUUAUGUUUAAAAUAUAAUUUCAUAGGGUGCAAAUUACAUAUUACCAAGCUUAGCUGCAGAAAAAGGGUUGUUUUUUGGUAAAUCAAAUCAUAUCAUUGCGAAAACAUAAUAUAGUGACAAAUUAUCAAAAAAUAUGAAUGAAUAAAGAAAAAGAAGAAAUUCUAAAAUUUAUGCUAAUUAUUAAUUUUAAAGUACAUAUUUCUCUGAAAGUUCAAAUUGGUAGUUCAAUAAUUUUACUAAAAUUAUUUAAUUAAUUGCCUUAAAACUCAUGUUUAUAUAUUCAAGUUUGAAUAAUUACUUUAGUAUAAGUGCUAUAUUAUUUAUUUUCACUUAAAGCUCAUAUGACUUUUUUGGUAAUGCAUUUGACCAUUAUUAUUUAUAUAUUUUGUAAUUCUCAAUUCCUGCCUUAUUUAUUUUCAGUGUAGUUAUAUUUUUAAUUUUUACUAUUUUAUUUACAAGUCAAUAUAAAAUAGCCAGAGUCAAACGAACUAAAGAUUAAAUUUUUGUUAAUGGAAGUUUAGUUUUACAUAUUAUUCACAGUCCUUCUUUUAAUUUUUGUUCUUACUUUAUUGAAAACUAAAAGUAAUCAACUAUUUAAACAAAAAAUAAAAAAAAUAUAGACGCUAGAAAAAUUAAAUUUAUUGGAUCCUCUCCAAAUUAAAAUGUUUUGAACUUGUUUUUUGAAUAUGAAAAAUCCCUCUAUUGUGCUUAACAAAAUUAAACAAAUAAUAUUCUUGAUGAAAUAUUAAAAAAAGCUCGAUUGAGCCAAAAAUCUAAAAAAAAAAAUGAUUUUGUUGAAUACUUUGCUAAAAUAGAAGUAAAUGAACUUUGCUUUAAUUUUUAAAAUGCCUAGUAAGAUGCUUCAGAAUAAUUUAAGGUAUUAUUUUAUUUGAUGGCAGUUUUUAAUUUUAUCUUUUUGGCAUUAAUUAUACUGAAUUUAGUUUUCAAUUAUAAUUUUAAAGUUGGAGAUACAUAUAGAUUCAUAAUUCUUAUUAGCGUUUUAAUUAUAAUUUUAGAGAAGGCAGUAUAAAUACAAAUUUAUUAAUUGCAUAUAAAAAUUUUUGUUAGAGGAUAUUUGAGUUAUUUAUUUUACUAUCUAGUUGUAAAAUUUGGAAUGAAGUUUUACGAAAAAAUAAAUACUGAUAAUAAUAAUGAAAAUGAAAAAAUCAAAGAAUUUUAUUAUCAUAAAGUUCAACAAUUUGCCAUAUGGAUAUCAUAUAACAUAGCUUUUCUAUUUAUUUGUUUCAUGAUUGAAGCCUAUUAUGAGUUUUGUGGAUAUGUUUUACUAUCUUUUUUAUGCUAUUUUGCGACAUGCUCUUUAUUGACUAUCUUUUUCACUGUGAUAUCAAAAUGCUGCUGUUAUAAUUUCAAGAAUUCAAGAACUUAAAUCAAUGAAAUUUAAAUUGAAUCUUACCAAUAUGAUUUAGAAUAAUUUGUAUUGUCUGAAGAAGCAGAUUAUGAAAAUUAAUUUUUAUAAAUUUAAUAAUAGGCAAAUACAAACUUCUACGAAUAAUAGGGAAGAUAUUAGAUUUUAUAAUCAAACAGCUAGGUUUUCUAACCAAACAGCCAUCAACCAGAUCCAAUUAUAUUAACUUAAAAUCCACUACCUAUUAUUGAAGAGAACGAUUCAUUAUUACAUAGCAAACAAACUUCAACUGGUUAAUUUGAUAAUAAAAAUUCAAGUUCUAGAAGUUCUGAAAAAGUUUUAAAAAAUUAUGAAAAUGACAGUUAAGAUAGUAUGCUAUAUUCAAAUAUAGGUUUGAAUCAAAAAAAAUAAUGAAAUUUAUGAAAUG